AUGGCGUCCGUGGCGGAGCUCAAGGAGAAGCACGCCGCCGCGACGGCGUCGGUCAACUCCCUGCGCGAGCGCCUCCGCCAGCGCCGGGAGACGCUCCUCGACACCGACGGUGAGGCCUCUCUCUCCUCCCCGCUCCUCGUCGGGGACCCUCUCUCGUGGGGUUCGGGGAAUUCGCGGGCAUUUGCUGAUUGCUCUGUGUGCGUGCGACUGCGCGGUGCAGUGGCGAGGUACUCCAAGUCGCAGGGGAGGGCGCCGGUGAGCUUCAACCCGACGGAUCUGGUCUGCUGCCGCACGCUGCAGGGCCAUAGCGGAAAGGUAUAUUCUCUGGAUUGGACCCCAGAAAAGAAUUGGAUAGUCAGUGCCUCUCAAGAUGGAAGGUUAAUUGUGUGGAAUGCAUUGACAAGCCAGAAAACGCAUGCCAUAAAGCUGCAUUGCCCAUGGGUGAUGACGUGUGCUCUUGCACCCAAUGGCCAAUCUGUCGCCUGUGGUGGUCUUGAUAGCGCAUGCUCUAUUUUCAAUCUCAACUCUCAAGCAGAUAGAGAUGGGAACAUGCCAGUAUCAAGAAUUCUUACUGGACACAAGGGCUAUGUUUCGUCAUGCCAAUAUGUCCCAGAUCAGGAAACUCGCCUUAUUACUAGCUCAGGUGAUCAGACAUGUGUUCUUUGGGAUGUUACUACUGGACAGAGGAUAUCAAUAUUUGGAGGUGAAUUUCCAUCAGGGCAUACAGCUGACGUUCAAAGUGUGUCCAUCAACUCAUCAAAUACGAAUAUGUUUGUCUCUGGCUCAUGUGAUACAACUGUGAGGCUGUGGGAUAUCAGAAUUGCAAGCCGAGCUGUUCGAACCUACCAUGGACAUGAGGGCGACGUUAACAGUGUGAAGUUUUUCCCUGAUGGCCAUAGAUUUGGUACUGGCUCAGAUGAUGGCACAUGUAGAUUAUUUGAUAUGAGAACAGGGCAUCAACUUCAGGUGUACAGUAGGGAGCCUGAUAGAAAUGAUAAUGAACUACCUACUGUUACAUCUAUUGCAUUUUCGAUAUCAGGAAGGCUGCUUUUUGCUGGUUACUCCAAUGGUGACUGUUAUGUGUGGGACACACUUCUUGCCGAGGUGGUACUUAAUUUGGGGAACCUGCAAAACUCCCAUGAUGGUCGUAUAAGUUGCCUUGGGAUGUCAUCUGAUGGGAGUGCAUUGUGUACAGGAAGUUGGGACAAAAAUUUGAAGAUUUGGGCCUUCAGUGGUACCCGGAAGAUAGUUUGA